GCCGCUGAUGGCGCCAUUAACCAACAGAAUCACACGAGCGAUCGUCAGCGGAGGAGCGUCAAGGAACCUCUCGCACUGAACUCGAACGAUUUGACGUUUCGUUCGCCAACUCGAUCGUGAUCGCCGAGCGACAGCCGACAGCGAGGAUGUCGACGGACUUCUACAUACGCUACUACGUCGGCCACAAGGGCAAGUUCGGGCACGAGUUCCUCGAGUUCGAGUUCCGGCCGGACGGCAAGCUGCGCUACGCCAACAACUCCAACUACAAGAACGACACGAUGAUACGCAAGGAGGCGUACGUGCACCAGUGCGUGAUGGAGGAGCUCAAGCGCAUCAUCCAGGACUCGGAGAUCAUGCAGGAGGACGACUCGCUUUGGCCGCAGCCGGACCGCGUCGGCCGCCAGGAGCUGGAGAUCGUCAUCGGCGACGAGCACAUAUCGUUCACCACGUCGAAGACCGGCUCCCUCCUGGACGUGAAUCAGUCGCGGGACCCCGAGGGGCUGCGGUGCUUCUACUAUCUCGUGCAGGAUCUCAAAUGCCUGGUGUUCUCCCUGAUAGGGCUGCACUUCAAGAUCAAGCCCAUAUAGACCCGGCGUCGCGCCGCUUCGUCCAAAGACCUCUGUAACUCCCCCCCCCUCCCCGCCACCCCUCUACGGUCCUUCUAUUUUAAUAAAAUACACGUAGUUA